CUUACCCUUACGCAGAUCCGGCAGCCCCUCGGUCACGUGACCUCGCCUUUCUCUUUUAAUUGAUGUCUUAUAGUUUGCAGCGCGCGGCGGAGGCACAGCAGAGCACAGUUGCCGUGCAGCCAGCUACUUACACAGCAGCGUGGAGUCUCAGAACAUAGGGCGCUGAUCAACAGUGUGUCAGCCAGAGACUAUCCUGACGAUGUCAGGAUCCAUCCUUGGAUGGAACCACCAGGCCAGUUCUGCGGUACCCCAUAACCAAAUUAAGCUGCUGCUACCUGAGAGAAAUGAGAUGGAGAUGUGUUGGCACUGAGAGGUAAUCACUUAGGUGUUACAUUUAGUUACCCUGUGACAUUUUUCUUGAAACCUUGAUAGAACAAAAAUGUUCAGACAAGGAGAAACUGCAAAGCGUCGCCUGAAUUUACACAUCUCAACACGAGUAAGAAGUGUGGAGGUUGCACGAGGAAAAACAGGAUAUGGUUUCACUCUUUCUGGCCAAGCCCCUUGUGUCCUCAAUUGUGUUCUAAAAGGAAGUCCGGCAGACUAUGUCGGACUUCGAGCUGGGGAUCAAAUCCUUAGUGUCAACGAUAUCAAUGUUUGCAGUGCUUCCCAUGAAGAUGUCGUACAAUUAAUUGGCCGGUGUUCUGGGUUGUUGCACAUGGUGAUUGGUGAGGGGAGUAAUCACCUGGAUUCGUGUUCAAGUGAUGAAGAACUGGCAUUCCAUGAAACAAAAAACUGGAUUAAACCCAAGGUUGAUUCUAAAACCCUUGGUAUUAACAGAGCAGAGCGAGUUGUGGCAGAAAUGCAGUCUGGUGGAAUUUUUAACAUGAUCCUGGAGAACUCAUGCCAUUCUCCCUGUGCCUCUGGAAAAGUGGCAGGUAAAGCAAGGCCUUUAUCGGAACCCAACAUCAGAAACAGACAUGAGAGUACAAAGAGCAAUCCGGAUUUGUUUUCAGAGGAAGAGGCAACCAGAGAAGUGAACGAUGAUUCUGUCUUUGUUUCAGUGUUUGAAAAUCAGGAGGAUUUUGGUCUUGAUGCAAGCAUUUUAAAUGUUGGAAUGAUUGUGGGGUACCUUGGUUCUAUUGAACUGGCUUCUACAAGUGCAAACCUAGAAAAUGACAGCUUGCAGGCCAUCCGGGGUUGCAUGAGGCGAUUACGAGCUGAACAAAAGAUCCAUUCUUUGGUGAUGAUGAAAAUAAUGCAUGACUGUAUUCAGCUUUGCAAUGACAAAGGCUCAGUGAUUGCUGUUUAUCCAGCUGAGAAGCUUGCCUUCAGUGCUGUGUGUCCGGAUGACCGAAGAUUUUUUGGACUUGUCACCAUGCACGUUAUAGACAACCACAUUUUUGCUACAAAGGAAGAGAAUGGGCUGAGGACUUCUUGCCAUGUUUUCAUGGUGGAUCCUGACCUUUGCUAUCACAAAAUUCAUCAGGGCAUAGCUCGACGUUUUAAUUUUGAUUGUACCCCCGAUCCGGAUGUGAGUGGGUGCUUAGAAUUCCCAGCAACAUCUCAACCCGUCCUUCAGUUUGUCUCUGUGCUCUAUCGGGACAUGGGGGAGUCAAUAGAAGGAAUGCGAGCAAGAGCCUUUAUUGAUAGUGAUGUUGACGCUCAGCAGAAUAACAGCACGAGCAGUAACAGUGACAGUGGCAUUGGGAAUUUUCAGCAAGAAGAGAAGAACAACAGGGUUCUUUUGGUUGAUUUGGGGGGCAAUCCAGGCAGGCAUGUUCCUGCUGGCCUAUGGGAAAAUCCUCCCUCCCGGAAUACAAGCCAGCCAACACCACACUGGGCUAGUUACCGCUAUGACCAGGAAGCAAAAUAUAAUCUGUCUGACCUGCCACAUGUUGACCUCCAUACCUCGGGUAGGCACCUUGGCCCUGCUGCUCGGCUCGAUGUCCCCAUGGCUGCCUCGAGAAAUAAUUAUCCUCCAGUUAAAAAGCAGGGGCCAAUUGGAGCUGUUCACUCAGGUGGUCAGAGGUGGCUUCCUGUUCAUGUUCUGCGAGACUGGCAGCAAGGACAUAGCAGCGACCAGGAAUCGUAUGCCGAGUCCACAGAUGGCUGGUCAAGUGCAAACUGCAGUACGCUGCCUCCUCCAAUGAGCAAAAUCCCAGCUGAUCGAUACCGAGCUGCAAGAGACAUUGGUCGGCCCUCUCAGCUCGUAUCGCACAAAGACGAGUGGUCCCAGAAGUUGCUUGGUGCAGAGAAGAACAGAGACAGUUAUAAAAAGACGUCCAAGUUCCGUGGGAUAUCUCUAGGAUUUUCAAAUAUCACCUCAAGAUCCUCUGGUCGGCGGUCCUAUGGAAGAUCUAAACGUUUUAGCUUUGCUCGAUCUUUGGAUAAUUUGGAGUCUGCUGCAGUGUCAGAUGGUGAGUUAAACAGUGUUGAUUUGAAGGGUUGUGGCAGCGAGAACAGCCUGAAUAGUAAUGCGAGUCUGCCAAGUGUACAGAGCUGUCGAAGGCACACUGAACGGCGUGUUGCUAGCUGGGCAGUCUCAUUUGAAAGACUGCUACAGGAUCCAGUUGGUGUUAGGUACUUCUCAGAAUUCCUUAAAAAGGAGUUCAGUGAAGAAAACAUCUUAUUCUGGCAAGCCUGUGAGAUCUUCAGUCAUGUACCUGAGAGUGACAAGAAGCAGCUUUCUCAGAGAGCAAAGGAAAUCUACAAUAGUUUUUUAUCCAGCAAAGCUACUACUCCGGUUAACAUUGACAGCCAGGCACAGUUAGCAGAUGAUGUCCUAAAUGCUCCACGCCCUGAUAUGUUUAAAGAACAGCAACUCCAGAUCUUCAAUCUUAUGAAGUUUGACAGCUAUACCAGGUUUCUGAAGUCUCCACUCUAUCAGGAGUGUAUGCUAGCAGAAGUAGAAGGCAGACCCCUUCCUGAUCCUUGUCAGGUUCCUAGUAGUCCAGCUUCUAAGAACAGUAUCAGCUCUGAACGCUCCAACAUAUCUACACCAAAAAAGCCAAGUAAGAAGUCUAAAUCUGGGAGAUCACUGAAUGAAGAAGAUGGAGAAGAUCAUGCAGAUAAAAAGAAAGGACCAUUUUCUUUGUGGACUCGUAACAGGAGCUUUGGGAAAGGACACAAGAAAAGAGAAAAUGGAGAUUUCCGUAGUAAUUUCUCAAGCAGUAAUGGUCGACGUGAAUCUCAAGGUUCUUCUUCUUCUGGAGCUAGCUUGGAUUUGGCAAACCCAGUUUCACUAAGUAGGAAUGAGUGUGAUGUCAGCCAAAUGCUCCUGCCUGAGAAGGAUAAGUCACAGAAGUACUGCUCUAUAAAUCUACCAGAUGGCUCAGUCUGUGCAGUGCCCACCCGCCCUGGAUUAUCUAUCAGGGAGAUGCUGUCAGGUCUUUGUGAGAAGCUUUGCAUCAACAUGGCUGCCGUAGACCUUUUCUUAGUUGGAGGCGAGAAGCCUCUUGUGCUGGAUCAAGACAGCAUGACCCUAAGUUCAAGGGACUUGAGAUUAGAAAAACGCACUUUGUUCAGGUUGGAUCUUGUGCCCAUCAAUCGUUCUGUUGGAUUGAAAGCCAAACCUACGAAACCAGUUACAGAAGUUCUUCGACCAGUUGUAGCCAAGUAUGGCUUACAUUUAGAAGACCUUGUGGCAAAAAUUAGUGGAGAGAAAGAACCUUUGGAUCUUGGUGUGCCCAUUUCUUGUUUAGAUGGACUAAGAGUUGUUUUGGAAGUGUCAGAUCAGAUUACCGGCAAAGAUAAACAAAAGAAUGCUUCAUCAAAGCCAAGUCAAACAUCUUUGAAUGCAAGAGCUCCAGCAGCAACAGAAAAUGAAAAACCUUCAGGAAAAUCAUCUUCUGUCAAAGCUAGAGGGGAAAACGGAAAAGCUGCCAGGGAGUCACGGCCUUUGAGAAAAGAAGAAUCAGUUGAUAAACUGGACAAAAGAAAGCAGAAAAAAAUUAAUAUAGAUGAAGCAGAAGAAUUCUUCGAACUACUGUCCAAAGCUCAGAGCAACAGAGCAAACGACCAGCGGGGUUUGUUGAAAAAGGAAGACUUGGUGUUACCCGAUUUUUUACGUUUGACGCCUGAUGUUUCAUCAUCCACACCAUCGUCUCAAAAAUCCAAACAUAGAAGAGGCAAAGAAGAUGAAGGGACAGAUAGGCCUUUGAAUGCAGUUUUGCCUUCAAAAGAAAUGAACUCCACUGUGAACUAUGAAAAAGAUUUAAGUAAAUCUAAAGCACAGUCUUCAAGUCAACCCAGGGUGGCAUUAAUUCCACAUAACAGUCAAAAAUGUGAUCAGAAAGAAAGAGCCCUCUUUGUCACACCGCUGUCACCUAUUCCACAUACGCAAGAAAUAAGUACAGCUUGGGUAGAGUUGCGGCCCUCAGCCUGCCAGACAGACGUCAUAGAGACUUUUGGUGAUGAGCAUAUUGCAGACUUGACUUUGGUAGGAGAAGGAGACAUCGCCAGCCCCAACAGCACAUUGUUGCCACCUCCUCCACCCACUCCACCCUCUAAUGCAUGCAGUCUUGCAGAAGCCAACUCAACUGCUCCUUGUGAUAACUGUGAAGAGACCUAUAUUUUCUUCAGAUCCAGCUCAGAUAAAGGAGACAAACAAUGGACAAGCCUUGGUCCUGAUCUGAGUGUGCAUGUCAGUCAGUCCUCAGGUAGCUCUUCAUCCAUUCUAGAGGCCUCCAUGGCACCGUCCCAAGCUGAGAAGGUUGCAUUGAACCGAGUCAUUGAUGUGGACGCAGUGAAGCUUGAAGAUACUACUCUGAAAUCAUCUGACAGUGUGGAUCUCAAUCUGAGUUUUGAAGGCUAUGUUUCUGAACUGAGGUCGUGCCAAGGGAGAAUGAGGACAGCAGUGUACAAGACGUCUGACCUGCCUUCUCUGAUUGCUGUAAGGAGUGAAAAGGGAAAGUCGUCUGAGAAAUACAAAGCAACGUUUGUCUAAGGCUGACAUUGUGCCUCCUCCUCCUCCUCCGUCAGGUGACGUGCGCACUUAUAGUAGUGCAAUAUUAGCUACACGCUCAUCCCGUGAUGACGAGUGAUCCUCAAUGAUUGUAAAUACUUGUAAAUAUGUAUUUGUUUACUUGUGUCUUGUUUUAAAAGCUUAAACCAUUUUUAGACUGAAGAAAAAGUAAAUGUCAUUUAUCAGUCUAAAGCAGUCCUAAUUAUCCUAAUAUAAAAUCCUCAAUGAAAGUGAUUAAUUUAAUAAUAUAUAUAUAUAUAUACUCUAAUUUUAAUGCCGUUAUUUAAGCAAGUGGUUGCAAAAGAAAAUGCUUGUUUUUAAGAAUAAAGAUAAAAUCAAAGAAGGUAAAAGGAUCAUCGUCUGCAAGUGUAUAUACUGUAUUAAUGUAUAUGGUAAAACAAAAAUAUGGAUCUGCUUUUUUAAUGUUGUGACAUGUAUAUCAUUUUUAAUGUACAUUUUUAAAAUGGUAUAAACAUUCUAAUUCUAUAUUGUUAGAAUUUUUAAACUAUAUUGAAAACGUUUUUGGAUGUCUGCACUGUAUAUAGGAUGUACAGUGUAAAUAUCGUCUGACAUGUUUCCAUUGUUCUGCUGUUCCUUUAAAUCAGGCUGAGCUCUAAGAGUUGUGGCAGCCGUCUUUGCACAUGAUUUGGUAUUUCAUCAAUCAGACUGCAGACAGCUCCAGACCGGAUUAAAGCAGCACUGGAAAGUUAAAAAUUUGUAUAUGUUUAGUUUCAUUCACGUAAUAAUACCAUGAAACAAUGCAAAAAAUAAACAGUGUUAUAA